AGAAAUGGGGACAAUCCACCCACCGGCUGUAGGCUAGUGAGUCAGAGCUCAACAGAACGCAUUGACCACAGUUUAGUGUAACUUCCUUAUAACUGACUUGACUGUUUACUGCUCCUGCGGUAGCCUACCCGCUUAUUGUUUAGUUUAGUUUAAUUCUGUAAAUAUCGCAACGUACUGUAGCGUUGUUUCCGUAGGGGAUAACGAAACCGACCGAGAGGCCAAAGUUCCGUUCGACAGACGUGACAAAUGAUAGUGUGGAACAUGCUGCAGCUCUAUUCGCCAAAUGGAAUGGACUACCUACUUAUGUAGCCUACACGAGAACACGAUCUGUUAGGCUAGGUAGUUGUGAAUAAUCGAGAAAAUGACAUUCGUGAUGAACGGGAAAAUGGACUGGUUGUAUCAGCGAUGCCACAGGGAAUCUAUUAAUCAGUCUUUCUUCCGUCCUGGAUUUUUAAUAAUAUGUUUGGGGAUGCUGCUGACCCUUGUCAUGUACCCUGCACUAAGGACUCUGGGUUUUCAGCUACACUCAGCACUAACUGGGAGCUACAUGUCAGGGCAUCACUCAGUGAUCCUCAUCAACUGUCCCAACGAGCAAGCUGCAAAGGACAUAAGCAGAGCCAUAAUGGAGAGAAGACUGGCUGCAUGUGUCAACAUAUUCCCCAAGAGCUACACCAUGUACUACUGGAAGGGUGAAAUACAGGAUGCCACAGAAAUUCUGCUGAUGGCAAAGACAAGGACUUCCAAAAUCCAGAGGCUUAAAGACUUUGUGAAGUCUGUUCACCCAUAUGACGUUCCUGAGAUUUUGAGUUUCCCUGUGGAGGACGGGAGUCUAUCGUACAUGAAGUGGAUAGAUGAUGCUGUCCCAGAUGACUGACCUUGCACGGCUUAAUUUGGAGCUCUGGGCUUAGGGUGUGACCGAUUUAGGGCCCCCAAAGGUCCCACUCAUGAAGGUGGAUCAUAAAUCUGAGGUCUACCAUAACAGUAGUUUCAAUUUGAUGAAAAAGGUUAAACCAUCCCCGGAAAGUUUUUAGGGUAUUAUGCAUUUUGGUUGGGUGAAUAUUGUAAUAUUUUUCCAGUCCACAGGCUAGUGAUGUUUGUUGCAUGCAUUUCAGCCUGUAUUUUCAAUCAAUGCAUCCAUUAUCAUGGCUCAAAGACUCAAAACUGUCCAUUACUAAUACUAAUUCUAAUUUACGUAGUGUUUCUGUAAUUUUAUUAAUUAUAUUUUAUGAUAAACAAAUAUGGUCAUACAUAGGCAAAACAUUUUCUUUUAUGAAGACAGCUAAACAAAACAUUCAUAUAUUGAUUUUACUAAUUAUUUACUAAGUCCAUGAAGCCAAAGAAAGUUCAAGAUUAAGCUUCCGAGGUAUCCAUGACAAGCACUGAAACAAACUGUGAAAUAUUGGCCAAGACUCCUGACAAUUUCAGGCGCUGGGUCCGGGUUCUUGCAGUGCUGCCUGCCAGCAUUUCCACUGAGGUUAUCCAUUGUGCAGCUGGAAAAUUUGUCAGAUUAGUGGCGAAUUAAGCAGUCACCCUCCCACCUCAUCUCUCUGGGAACAUGUCUGACAGCACGUAAUCCUCAGGGCAGAUGGGUGAAAUAGUUUGCACUGCAAUGGAUGAACUUGCUAUAAUUCUACACUGAAUAGAUAGGAAUGCUGUGUAUUUACAUGUAUUUUUCCUUUUUGUUUUCCAUACCUUAUAUUUACAUGAUUUUAUUAAAGGUACAGAUUUCAUUUCUAAAGAACGUAUUUAUUGACCUUUGUAUUACUAGCAUCAAUUUUACAGGUUUAACUGGUAAGUAACCAAAGACAUUGAAUGAGUACAAAAUAAAAAAGCAUUUUAGGGAGUCCCAUG